CUCCUUGCUGCUGCCCAACGCCACCGAGCUCCUGUCCCCCCCCGGGGGCAGAGCCUCGGGCCCGCAGUGGGGCGUGGGGGUCCCCCGGAGCCGCCGGAGGCGACACCUCUCCCCCCACGACAUGAGUGGGAUUUUGGACUAUCACAACCAAGUGCGGGCGCAGGUGUCCCCCCCCGCCGCCAACAUGGAGUACAUGGUGUGGGACGAGCAGCUGGCCCGGGCAGCAGAGGCGUGGGCUGCACGCUGCCUGUGGGACCACGGGCCCCCCCAGCUGAUGAAAUACAUGGGACAGAACCUCUCCAUCCAAUCGGGCAGGCACCGCUCCGUCAUGGACAUGGUGAAGUCGUGGCACCAGGAGAAGCAGCACUACUCCUUCCCACAGCCCCGCGAGUGCCGCCCCCGCUGCCCCUCCACAUGCAGCGGCUCUGUCUGCAGCCACUACACGCAGAUGGUGUGGGCAUCGUCCAGCCGCCUGGGCUGUGCCCUCAGCACGUGUGCCAACGUGCGGGUGUGGGGCAGCACGUGGCGACACGCCGUCCUCCUCGUCUGCAACUACGCCAUCAAGGGCAACUGGCUGGGAGAAGCGCCGUACAAGGUGGGGCGGCCGUGCUCGGCCUGCCCCCCCCCCUACGGCGGGGGGUGCGGCCACCACACACAUCCAACCAACUCAGCUG